AUGGACCAUGCUGCCUGGGAUGCACAUGACUUUGAGUCGGUGACUCCUACACGCUCUUGUUCGUCAGAUAGCUUGCACUCCGUAUCUAGCGUGGCAUCAAGCGCCGUAUCAUCUGCAUCCAGUUCGAGACCGAAGCGGUAUUUUUGCGACUACGAGGGUUGUAAUAAGUGCUUUACAAGGCCGUCGUUACUGACAGAGCACCAAUUGUCAGUUCAUCAGGGUAUCAAACCCUUUAAAUGUCAUAUAUGUGAGCGCUCGUUCGCUAAGAAGAGCCAUCUGGAACGCCAUCUGCUGUCACAUUCGGCUGAAAAGCCCUUCCAUUGUUCCUAUUGCGAUAAGAGCUUCACUACAAGUCAGCAGCUAAAACGUCAUGAAAUUACACAUACGAAAUCUUUUAAAUGUCCGUAUCCGGAUUGCAGCGAGAGCUUUUAUAAGCAUCCACAAUUGAGAGCUCACAUCCUUGCAGUGCACGAAAAGAAACUGACGUGUGAAGAAUGUGGCAAAACUUUCCAAAGGCCAUAUAGGCUUCGUAAUCAUAUCGCUAAACAUCAUAAUCCGCAGGUCGAGAAUCCCUACCAAUGUACUCAUUCCGGGUGUACUAAGAAUUUCAAGACUUGGUCUCAGCUGCAGAAUCACAUCAAAAAUGACCAUCCUAAAUUGCGGUGUCCUAUUUGCGACAAGCCUUGUGUUGGCGAUAAUGGUCUACAAAUGCAUAUGAGAGUUCAUGACGAGACGCUUGUGGCUAAGAAUUGGAAGUGCCAUCUCUGUGAUAGCGGCCCCUUUGCGAAGAAGUCAGAUCUUUUAGAUCACUAUAGGAGCGAGCAUCCUGCUGAAAGUUUGCCCCACUCAUUAAAGGCUCAUGCACUUCCAGAGGCCGUAGACAGCCCCGACAUGAGGAUAACCAGAUCGCUUUCAAAAAGGCGUAAGCUCAAUGAUUUUGAUCUCGUACAAACUGAGGUAAAUCUGGCCAACUGUUUAUCAAACGCAAGUGGAGGAAUCGAAUUGGUACUCGAUUCAGUGGGCAGGAAAUUACUAUGCCCUUUUGAUAAAUGUUAUAGAACGUUCAAGACAAAAGAAAGAUAUGAAAAACACAUACAGAAACACAAAAUUCAUGAACUGAAAUUGAAAGUUCUACAAGAUAAGCUCGAAGAAAAGCAUAUAGAGAGUCCCGCAAUGAGCAAAGCUCGUGCAUUAGACGAUGAAAAGCUUUUAAACAAAGAAAAUCAAUGUCAAGAUGAGGUCAGCGAAAACCUGCUCACUAAAAGAUGUAUCGAAGAGUAG